AGACAGGCAGGGAGUCAAACCGUCGGUAGGACAGCUUUCGUGUUUUUUUUCUAGCAUACAAUGGGCCUUACUUCCAGUUAGGACUUCUUUUGUGCAUUUGGGAGAUAUUUCCUAUAAUGUUGCCGAGUGAUAUCCGUCUACCUUGUGCACUGCAGUGGUGCGCAGCUUCGCCUGGAGAAACACCUGUGCGCCUCUCAUCUCCACUGGCCACAGUCAUGAAUGUUGAGUAGAGAACAGAUAACCCCAAGGCGCAGUGUCUGUCUGCAUUUGUCUGGGAGGACGAGAGAGGGAGCAGCACAAAUACCGCACAGCCAGACAUCAUGCAAAGAGAAACCAUCCCUCGUUGCCUAGUGCUGAAAUGUUAGGGCUGGAGACUGAGAGUGUCAGAUCAAAUCAGCAGACUGUUUACAUCGGUGGGGGCAAUAAGAGCUGCUUGACACUAGACUCGCUAACACCCUGUGUGUGGUUCAAGGCCCCUUUCAGUCACGAUCAGGGAAAGACGUGUUAACUGGUCUUUCAUCAGCACUUCCUCCACACACACACACCCCCACCCCUCCCCAUCAGAUUCAGCAAUCUAGAAACGAGCCUAGAUGGAGUGGUCACUAGAAAGCGUGAGGGAGAUGGUGGCUGGAGGGAUGCAGUCUAUAAGGGAGUGUGAGAUCUGUGCUUUUGCCAUAGCCAUGUGUGUGCUGCUGCUGUUUAUGUGGUAUUGUUACAGGGUGGGCCGAGAACACGGCUCCAGCCCUUUGCGUGGGAGGUAUCUGACCGGGCCAAGCCGGAUUGGAGGGGUGGUGGGAGGCUUCAUGAGUUCAGACUGCCGUGGCAGGGGUAAAGGAAAGCAUGGGUCAAUGUUAGAGGAGCAGAACGGCUUCACUUUCUGCCAGUCCUCCGAAUGCUUCCGCUGCACCAGCGCUGGAGAGAGUCUGAACCAGAGGCUCUAUCACAGCUUGCAGGAUUACGCCAAACGCUACACCUGGUCAGGUAUGGGCAGGGUGCAUAAAGGAGUCCGUGACCAGGGUCGAUACCUUAACAGCAGACCCACCAUCCAGCGGCCGGAGGUGUUCUUCCUCCCCGACCUACCGUCAGCCCCUUUUUUCUCCAGAGAAGUGCAGAGACACGAUGUGGAGCUGCUGGAACAGAGCUUCCCCGCCCUUCUGGCUGAGUUUGAGAGCAUCUACCACCAACCCCCCGCCCGCAGCGGCUCUUCCCUCCCACCCGGGUGGAAAGCCAACAGCACUCCCCGUGGGCAGUGGUGGACCUACUACCUGGUCAACCAAGGAACCCCCCUGGUUCUUAAUGUAAGAAGGUGUCCUCGGGCGUGGAGGGUGCUGGGCCAGCUGCGCACCUUCAUCGCCAACAACGUGUUUGGAAACGCCUGCUUCUCCGUGCUGACUCCCGGGGCUCUGAUCACCGAGCAUUACGGUCCAACAAAUGUCAGGCUGCGCUGCCACCUGGGUCUUAGAGUGCCCCCUUCCUGCGAGCUUGUAGUUGGAGGAGAGCCACAGUGCUGGUCUGAGGGCAGCUGUCUGCUUUUUGACGACUCCUUCCUCCACAGGGCCUUCCACGAGGGUGGCGCAGAGGACGGCCCCAGGGUGGUCUUCAUGGUGGACCUCUGGCACCCCAAUGUGGCCGCUGCUGAAAGACAAGCCUUGGACUACAUUUUUACCCCAGGCCGCUUAGAGGAGAAAGAGGGGAAAUAGGUGUGAGAGAUGUCCAAGCAAGAAACAGAUGGCGUUUAGGAAAGUGUUUGUAGGAUUGGGGAGCAACUCUUUUUUUUUUCUGCCUCCAGACCAGCUCUCACAUUCACUGUGUACAUAUUCUCCGUCUCAUAUCUCUCUUUAUUAGCAGCUGACCAAACAUUGGGCCUCUUUUAUCAACACAGUCACACUCAGAAGUACUUAUUGUGCCAUUUUUAAAAACUGAGUAGGUGCACAAUUGUUCAUGCAGACAUCUAUUAAUAUAUAUUAAUACCAUGGCAGGGAAAGCUUAUUUCUUGCACUUAUUUUAUCUAGAGUCAUUGAAUGUUUGAUGGAGGUGCAUUUACAUAAAUAUAUGACCAGACACUAAAAAUAACCAUCAAAUAUAUGUUGUAGCUUAAAAAACAACACAUCUUAUUAUGUAGUUCUCUUUUUCUCUGUAAUUUUGGGCCAAAUUUGGAGUGAAUAUUGUUAAACUGCAAUGUACAACUCAUAUCUCUUAUUUAUUUUGGUUCAAACUCAAUCAGCUGAUAGAGAGCAGGGCAAAGUACAGACAUGGUAAAUUACUCUCAGCGAGUCAGAUAAUAAUAUAUAUCUAGCUGUUAAUGUUUCACAGCGUAUGUAGGUCUUUUCAUAGCAGAGUGACAUACUCUAUUAAGUGUUUAUGAAAUAAAAUCAUUUAUCGGCCCCAAAACUCCUCCCAGGCAUUAGAAGAGACACAACACGUUUGUGUAAAGCAUUGGUGGCAUAUGACUAAUUCUUUUUACACUAAGUAGAACACCAACAUUUCCACAAGGGCUAAGAAAUUUAAUCAUUCAACAUUUUUCAUUACUCAACAUAUCCAGUCACAUUUACAAUUCAAUUUUUGAUUCAAACUAAAGAGAUGAUUGUUUUAGUCUGUGUGUUUGCACAUUUUUUCAUUACCACCUUUACAAGAACACACACUUUCAAAUAUAGGACAAACUUUAGAUUGUUUGAGUUUUGAAUGAAUGACUGGAGGCUGUGAAUGGUGACACAUUGUUACUGACUGUAAUACUCGUCAUCAUUUUACAUAAAGCUGACGGUUACAGGACUUAUUAUAUUAUAGGACUACUGUUCAAAAGCUUCUAAUAAACACACCAGGCAAGAUAACACUAAUAUGUAUUGCACUUUAUCGUCAUUAUGACUAAAUGAUUAAAUCAGCAAAUGCAGAAAAAAACUUACAGGAUGCACGAUCAGGACUUGACAUGACAUCCUGACUCAACUUGAAACUAUAAACUGAUAUCUAAACUAAUGCACUACUGUCAGUGCUUCAACAGUGUCAUAAAGUGUUACCAAGAAAUGUUCUCAUGCUUAUAAUUUAUCAAGCGAUCACAUAACUUAUUCAUCUAUAUAUGCUUUGAUAACAGAGGUCCAAUGUCAACCGUGACAUGAAUGUUUAAUGCCUCUGUCAUGACUCCUGCUGGUGUGGUAGUUUAUUGUGCUCCCGUUUGAAAAUCAAUCCUGCUUUCACAAGACAAGGUUAGAUAAGCACAUUUUUAGCUCAAAUUGUGUGAGUCUGCCUGUGCUGUAACAAUGGAGACAAAGCGUUUUUGGUAAUUUACUAAACUCUUGUAAUUUGGAUGUAUUUGAUAUCAGGUUUGUAUUUCUGUAAAUAGAGUUGAGAUAAAAAAAAACACACAAAAAAAUGAACUGUUUUGAAAUGAUUGUCUUCAAUGCUAUAACUAUUGUGUUGUCUUGAUUUACAGGUACAGUGAUUGCAUUUCAUUCUCCGGUCCAACCAUGAAAACAAUUUGAUAGAUUCAAUUUGUAGAUUCUGUAAAAUGUUUAUGAAGUACUAUCUCUGUUGUUUUGUGAUGGAUUUUUUUUCUUUUUUCUUUUUGCAACGCCAUAUGGUUACAAACUCUGUUAUUAAAGCCACAAUCCUUAAUUCUACAGCAGCAUUUCAUGGGUGCACACAGUUUAAAAGGGUGCAAAUUGUUGCAAGUGAAAAGUAAUCUUAAGCAGCUUUACCGGUCCAUCGCAAUUCAAGAUACCCAUCGGUUCAAUUUGAAUGUUUACAAAAGUAUGAUCAUGACACUCACAUUGAGCUGUCCAUAAUUAGGUGUCAAAUCAAGAGUGCUGUUAAUCCACUUCAGAGUAUGAGAACUGUCAUUCCAAAAGCAUUUGCUUUACAGUCUAUGAUGGGGCAACCAUUUUGUUUACACUUGGAUUAAGGAUUUGUCCUUAAACACAUUCUUGUGUGGAUUUUGAACAGUAUUUCUGUACAUUUAAUAAAU